AUAUAACCGAGUUAGUCUAACAAUGCAAUGGAUGGAUGGACAUUUUAAUUCUUAUAUAAAUUGAAUUUUGUCUUUGAUCAUAAUAUUAUCAUCGAUAUAACAUAUAUUUACAGUAGUCUAUCCAAUUGUGGCAGAAAAUAUAUAAAUUUAUUCUAACUUGUAGUCUAUUAACAAACCUAAAUUAUAUUAUUUUGUUUGCCCUGUUGUUCCACAGCAUGUCUUUGUACGAUGAUUUAGAUACAAUAAAAGCUAGGACCACGGAAAAGGUUGCUGGGUGGUCUUCAGGCAUAAAAUUGUUACAGUCGCAACUUCAGCUUAAAAAAGCAGCUGUAACUCAGCCAAAAAGAGAGGCACAACGGCGUUCAACACAGGUCUUGACCCCAGUUAUUGAUUUGAAGAGCAAACCAAAAGAUGAUGAAGAAUCCAGUUCUAAUAGUCCAAAAUCACAACCUCGUACAUUCACAGCCUCAUUGAAUGUUCGGGAUUUUGACUGGAAUGUGCCUAAUGAAUAUGAUCCAAUGUGGCCUAAUGAUUAUGAAAAGGUAGCCAAAGAAAUGCAAGCAAAGAGACUUCAGUUAGAUGGCAGUGACAGAAACGAGAGGUCUGAAAGAAAACGAAAGAGUAGAUUUGGUGAUGAAGAGGACACCAUUCCUGAGAAAACCUUAGUAGCAAUGCAACCAGAGGAAGAAGAAGCUGUAGAAAUUUCAAAGAGAUCAGCCGGAGCUGCUAUAGCACCACCACCUUCAUUGACCGUUGAGACAGCGUCUCCGCCACCUGCUGCGCCCAUCGCUACUCCAGCCGCUGGCUUUUCAUUAGGAGGCUAUGGAGCUAGCUCGGUGGCAGCAAAGAUCAUGGCUAAAUAUGGCUUCAAGGAAGGUCAAGGUUUAGGCAAGAAGGAGCAAGGAAUGUCAGUGGCACUUCAAGUUGAGAAAACAUCAAAACGAGGUGGUCGUAUUAUUCAUGAAAAGGAUGGCACUGUGAUGCCUCCACCUGCAUUCGCCAUGCCUACGCCACCUGGUCCAGAUUCACCAAAUGCAUCAUCUGAUCCUUCACAACUUUCGAAACAAGAACCUUCAAUUACAGAAAUAAUGAAAUCACCUAGCAAAGUUGUACUUUUAAGAAACAUGGUCGGACCUGGGGAUGUGGAUGAAGAACUUGAGCCGGAAGUGAAAGAUGAAUGUAACACGAAAUAUGGAGAUGUAAUGAAAGUAUUGAUAUAUGAAAUGCCUAAUGCCCCAUCAGAUGAAGCAGUGAGAAUAUUUGUUGAAUUCAAACGCAUCGAAAGCGCUAUAAAAGCAGUCGUAGAUUUGAAUGGAAGAUUUUUUGGCGGGCGGCAAGUUAAAGCUGGAUUUUAUGACGUAGAAAGAUUUAACGCCCUUCAUCUGACUGAAUAAUUUAUAAACUUCAAAAAAUGUGUGUUUUAUUUUUCCUUUCAGUAUUGUUAAAAAAUGGCAAGUUCGUGCUGAGCCGCAAUAUACAUACCUACGUUUUCGUAGUUGUCGAUCACAAAAGCGAAAUCCGCAAACUUAAAGCACAAAAUAGAUAAUACCCAAAGGCAAUCUAUUUUAAAAGUGCGCUCGAGGAAUGUACACUAAGGCCCGUAUUACAGAAUGACAACUAAGGCCAAUAUUAU